CCCUGUGGGGCGGCGCAUUCUUUUUCUUACGUACUUACUGUAGCAAGAGCAGAGACGAGUCUGCUGCUGUCUCUAUUGGCAUUCUUUAUUUUUGUCUAGUUCGCUUCGGGAACGUCACCGCUCUUUGCAAAUGGAGGACUCCUGCUACGACAGGGAGGUGGUGCUGAUCACCGGCUGCUCCGGCGGCGGCAUAGGCAACGCCCUGGCCCGCGCAUUCGCUUCCCACAACUGCGUCGUCGUCGCCACCGCCAGAUCUCUGGCAUCCAUGGCCGACCUCCAUGACGACCCCUGCUUCUUUCUCCAAGAAUUGGACGUUCUCUCCGACGAAAGCGUCCACCAUGUCUUCUCCACCGUUCUUGAGAAGUUCGGUCGCUUAGACACUCUGGUUAACAACGCCGGAGUCCAGUGUAUUGGCCCUCUCGCUGAGAUCCCCCUUUCAAACCUCCAACACGCAUUCAACACCAAUGUUUUCGGUUCCAUGAGAUUGGUUCAAGCCGUGGUACCUCACAUGGUAUCUAGGAGAAAGGGAAGGAUAGUAAAUGUUGGAAGUGUUAUUGCUUUGGGACCUGGACCGUGGGCUGGUGGUUAUUCUGCAUCCAAAGCUGCUCUUCAUUCUUUAAGUGAUACCUUGAGGUUGGAACUCAAGAAUUUUGGGAUCGAUGUCAUUACUGUUGUCCCAGGAGCUAUUAGGUCAAACAUAGGAAACUCAGCCUUGGCCAGCUACAACCAGAUGCCCGAGUGGAAGCUGUAUAAGCCAUUUGAAGCUGCAAUUCGAGCUAGAGCAACCUUCUCACAAGGUCCCAACUCAACCCCUACCGAAGAAUUUGCGAAGAAGACUGUAGCUACCAUAUUGAGGAAGAAGCCACCAGCAUGGUUUUCGUACGGCCGUACUUCCACCAUAAUGGCAAUCAUGUAUUAUCUACCACUCUUCCUCAAGGACUUCAUUUUGAGGACUGUUAUGAAAUGCUGAAAGUCUUAUCGGCCAAAGUUGAUCUCGCCUGUAUUUUGUUACACUCCUGUGUAUUUUGCUCAUCAUACCAUGCCCAUAUAUUGUCUAGAUGAACUGUGGCUCAACUUAAAUAUAGUGUAUUUCAGAAAUAAACCAACAUGCAAUGUUAAUUGCCUUGAUCUUGUAGGAUUCCACAUUGAAUGGGAUGCUAAAUCUUUAGUUCGAA